AUGUCAGCAACAACAGGUACGCUAACCGCUACCUUGGCAAAGGACGUCGCAGUCGCCACUGCUACUAAAGUGUCGUCUGACGUGGGUGAUACUUUGUAUUCAUACCUGCCCAAAGUCGAUCAGUUUUAUAUUCCAGAAUGGCUUACGAUGCAGUUUAUUGCCAAUAACCUCAUUAGUUUUACCCCUCUAUUCUCCUAUGGUACCACAAUUAUCAGCAUCGAGAAAUGUAAGACCGCUUUGGGAUUCUCCAUAGAUAUUUGUGCCACAAUGUUGAUUGCCAGUAUCUUAAGGAUAUCUUACUAUUUGAUUACACCAUACGAAAUCACGUUGCUGAGACAAUCAUUGGUGAUGAUUUUCAUUCAAUUAAUCCUAUUGAAAACAAGUUUAAAAUAUAGACCCGACGAAUACAAAUAUCAAAAUUUGACCGAUGUUGAAUCAUUGUCGCAUUUGAUUCAUGACAUAUGGUUCGAGUUUUUCAGUUGCAUUAACAGACCGAAAUUUUUAAGUGAAGAUUGGAAGAACCUGAUCAAGUCACUAUCAUUCACAAACUUGUUGAAAUUUACAUUUAAAAUUUUUUUGGCAUUCUUAUACAAAAUCCUAAAGUUCUUCGACCCGAAUUUUAAAAGAAUUGGAGCAUUUUGGCAAUGGGACAACGAUAGGAAUUUUUGGAGGUUUUUGGCGCUAUUUGCAACCUUACAAAUACUACUCACAUUUUGUAUCUCGAACAUUUUAAACUGGGACUCAUUGGAUCAAGGUCUUGGCUCCAUUAUAGGGUCGCUGGGUUUGCUAGUAGAAUCUCUUCUCCCUCUACCACAAAUUGCCAUUCUUUACAAACUAAAAUCCGUCCAGGGUUUCAAACUAAUCCUAUUGGUAAGUUGGCUUUGUGGUGAUACCCUAAAGAUCACUUACCUAAUUUUUGGUGCAAAAAAUAUUUCCGCAUUAUUCGUUGUUUUUGCGUUAUUCCAGAUGUCGUUAGAUUUUUACAUCGGCGGUCAAUACAUUUACUAUAGAUACUACUAUCCGAAACUAAGACAUAUCCACCAUCCCAAUAACAGCAAUCCACCAUCAGAUGAAGAGGGUGAAAGCGAAAUGUACGAAUUGGACCUUUUCAAUACUUUACAAAAGGAUGUCGAAAAGGCCUUGAAACACGAUAGUCAUGAUACAUCAGAUUCACCUCAAUAUGAUCAAGUAGGUAAAUCUCAGCCACAUACGGUUACAGUAUAA